GUUGCAGAUCCGCCCCCUGUGAGUCAGAGGCUUUCAGGAGCGCUACUGUAAUGACAGCUCAAAGCUGUCCACGUCAACACUGAGCUACCACCAUGGACUGCGCGGCACUGGAACCAUCACUAUACACAGUAAAGGCCAUCUUCAUCUUAGACAACGAUGGAAACAGACUGCUUUCAAAGUACUAUGAUCUUGAACUCUACCCCUCCAUAAAAGAGCAGAAGAAUUUUGAAAAGAACGUCUUCAACAAAACCCAUAAGGCUGACAAUGAGAUUGCCUUCCUAGAGGGAAUGACAGUAGUCUACAAGAGCAGUAUAGACUUGUUCUUCUAUGUGGUUGGCAGCCCCCAGGAGAAUGAGCUCAUGCUGAUGGCUGUGUUAAAUUGCUUGUUUGACUCUCUUAGUCAGAUGUUAAGAAAGAGUGUGGAGAAAAGGACUCUGCUGGAUAACAUGGAUGGGGUGUUCCUGGUAGUGGAUGAAAUCAUUGAUGGAGGAGUGAUUUUGGAGAGUGAUCCCCAACAGGUCAUUGAGAAGGUCAACUACAGGACAGAUGACAGCCCAUUAUCAGAACAGAGUGUGGCACAGCACAUCACUGGCAAACUGGCAAUCACUUCUAAUGUGUUGCAGUCAGCGAAGGAGCAGAUCAAAUGGUCAAUUCUGAAAUAAGUCAACUAUUUUCUGUCUUGAAGAUAUAAUUAAAUUAUUAAGAGGGGAUUGGGAAGCAGUUUUUUGAAGCAAGUUGUAAUUUAAUUCAUUAUAGAAGUGCGUCAUGAAGUCAGUUUAUGAGGACAGCCUACCAGUUAGUUUGAAAAGAAUGCAUAUUUAUAUUUUUUUGUGUAAGAAUUGAUGUAGUAGAAUGCAAAUAUGUUUUUGCUAAUCAGGUUCUGAAAAGGACAUCAGCCAAUGCUAUUUUUCAAUACUGGUCAACCCAUAUGACUUGGGUUAAGACACUAUGUCUUGUGUGGUAUUUCUGUUUAAUUAUUCAUAACAUUUGUAUGAUGUUUGUCAAAAAGUUCUGUUACACUACAUUUAAUAUUACCCUACACUAUGUAAAACAUUGGUCAAAUUUUACAAACUUGGGUGUAACAUGUCUUAUUCUGGUGCAUUCAUCAUAUUAAAUAAUAUGUGAAUAAAACCAGUUAAUUAAGAUGUUACCACCAUAAGCAUAUUUUUAACUUACCUGACAAAACCUUUUUACUUUGUAUCUGAACAGAUAUGUUUUACAAGUGUGCUUUUAAUUGCUUUAAAUUAUAAAUACACACUAUUAUGAUAUUAAUAUGAUUCUUAUCACUAUGUAAAUUAUAGUUGUCUGUCAAACCAAUGACACAUUAUGCUAUUGAAAUUAGCUAAAUAUUCAAAUAUAGCAAACAAUUUAAAAUGUCUAAUUUGAUGCUGGAUAACUGAGAAGCCUUUUUACAAAAUAUGUUUUGCGUACUAGUUGGGCCUUUUUACAUAGUCCCUAUAAAAUCGAACCUUUUUUAAAAACGAUUUUGUCAUUAUAAUUUAAUAAAUAUGAUUUUGAUAGAA